AUGAAGUGGCUUUGGACUAAUGAUGUUCAAUUAGUAUUUGGAGCUAAUGCUGUUCAAGAGCAUCUCAAAGAUUUCGUUCCAAGAAAGUCUCGUGUUUUGUGCACUUUUGGUGGCGGAUCAAUCGACAAGAAUGGCGCAAGGGCGGAUGUUGUUAAAGCAUUAUCAGAUCUCGAAUGUGAGACAAGAUGGGAGGGUGGAAUCCAGCCAAAUCCAUAG